ACUUAAUCAAACUAGCAACAGGAUCUCCAGCGGCAGCGCGGCGGUGGCAGUGUGGCAGUGGCGGCAGCGGCGGCGGCAUUAUGCGUGAUUACUGACAGGCACCAGCUGCUGCCGCCACCGCCGGCUCAACGCACGAUGUGGGCUCUCAGAUCGAGAGGCAGAUUCCUGACUAAUCCCAGAGGGCUGGCCCAGCCCGAGCUGCCCGGGCUGGUAGGAAGCGAUGACCACUCUUGCUAGCCCAAGUUGAAGGGAGCGCGGCAGCGCUCGGGAGCCGGGAGAGGCCGAGCGAUUGAGCAGACGCGCCCGGGAGGACUAUGAACUGAAGAGUCAACAUGUAUGGAAAUUAUUCUCACUUCAUGAAGUUUCCCACAGGCUUCGGAGGUUCCCCAGGCCACUCUGGCUCCACGUCCAUGAGCCCGUCGGCAGCCUUGUCCACAGGGAAGCCCAUGGACAGCCACCCCAGCUACACUGACACCCCAGUGAGUGCCCCACGGACUCUGAGUGCAGUGGGGACCCCCCUCAAUGCCCUGGGCUCUCCAUAUCGAGUCAUCACUUCUGCCAUGGGCCCACCCUCAGGAGCUCUUGCAGCCCCUCCAGGAAUCAAUUUGGUUGCCCCGGCCAGCUCUCAGGACUGAGGCUGAGUGGGACUUGUCCGGAAAACAUGCG